UCCAUGCACUACCCACUGGUCUGCACUCACCUGAGGGGCUCCUCAUUCACACAUGGCUUUCACACUCUUCUCCAGACUCACAUUAGUUCCUCGGCUGGGGUUGUAUCCUUUCAGAUCCUUCAGCUCCAUCUGCGGCCUCACGGUUCUCCAUGACCGACAGAACCAGCGCUUCACUGUGGCUCCGGGAAGCGGGGCCGACGGGCCACAGGACCAUGCGGUUUUGUACUACAAAUUCAUCGGUGAGAAUGAAGUGGAUCUAAUGUCGACCUACGUACCAGAGUCCUACAGGGGCCAAGGUGUUGCAGCGAUUCUGUCUAAGGCGGCAAUGGAUUUCUUGGUGGAAGAAAACCUCAAGGCUCAUGUCUCCUGUUGGUACAUAAAAAAAUACAUUGAAGAACAUCCACUGCAGAAUUAUAAAGACCUGGUCAUCACAUGACGGCAGCCAUACAGUCAAGAAUACACUGGGAUUCUACCUCAUACCAACUGUAACCUCACUGUGGAUCAAUACAAAUGACUAAACUGAAAAUGAUUAACGUGAUCAAGAAGUAGAUUAUAUGAUGUUUUUUAAGCCUCUCUCUUUAAUAUUCAGUGUGUCCUGUUUAGUAACAUCUAGUGGUGAAGUUGCAAAUUGAAUCCAUUUGAAAGCGACACCAAAAAAUAUGACAGCUUCUCAUUAGAGCCAGUGUUUUAGUGUGCUCUGAAGGGGAUUUGAGUUCUGAUGCAAUAUCACAUGUAGUAGGUGAUGGCAUGCUUAAUGCAACCUGCUACAAAAUGGAAUUUAAAAAAUAGGACCAAUGGCCCUGUAGGUCAUGUUCUAUCCAGAAU